AUGAUUCGCGGUGCAGAGGUUGAGCCGAGCAUAAGUACUCGUAACAAACCAACAAAAAAUCGCAUAGAGCGAACAGCUUCGAAGCGAUGGCGCGGUUCAGUUCGAAGAUUAGUUGCUGCCACAGUCUACAAUCUGUCCUGCUUCACUCACGGCUGCAGCACAGGCUGGGUGUCCGGGGUGCUGGGCAACGAAGCCCUGACUGGUGGAGCGUGGCUCGCUGCUCUUCCGUGCCUCGUGGCGCUACCAGCCGCUCCAAUGUUCGCGGUGCUUGCUGACGUCCGAGGGAGAAAAGCUGGCGCUUUUUGCAUAUGCCUUAGUUUUAUUAUAAGUUGGUCCCUCGCUGCGUGGUGUGGAGCUAGAGGAGUUUGGGCCGCCAGAGUAGCGGCAGGGGCCGGUGGCGCAGGUGCCUUGGCCCUGACACCAUUGUAUUGUGCAGAAAUUACUCCUCGAACCAGAGGCUUAGCUGCCAUGCCAGCCCUGGCUAGUAGCUGUGGCAUCCUCUUCGCAUAUUCAGCAGGUGGAAUGUUGUCUCCACAUGCACUGUCAUUGUCAAUGGCGGUACCACCAGCUGUUCUCAUGUUAUCUCUGGUAUGGUUGCCGGAGACUCCUUCAUACCUUAUAAGUGUUGGUAAAAUACAGGAAGCAGCAAAAAUAAUGUGUUGGUUUGAUGGAUCAGACUUCAGAGAGGACCUCACAGAUGUUAUUGAACAACAGGAAGUGAAAAUUCGUAUUUCCGACGGAUUUGGAAGGAAAGACGUGAUGAGACGACAGGAUUCUGAUACUUUCCAGCCCAUGUUAAAGCGAAGCAGUGGAUUAGAAUCAAAUUCAGAAAAAGAGAGGAUUGAAAAAUCCACUUGUAAAGAACUAUUUUGUCACCGGGGUACUCGUCGGGCACUUUUAUCUUGUGUAGCCGUGCUCUGCACAGCUGCAGGCAGUGGUGCUGGCGCAGUCAACAGUUUUGCAGCUGCUGUCUUACAACACUCAGCCCACAGAAUACCAGUCCUUAACACAACUGCGUACAACUUCACUAUUUACAACGGAACUCUACCCCGUACACUGUUUGAGGCAUCAGAAGCUGGUUCCAUGCUGUGUGGUACAGCCCUAGUGCUUGGAGCAGCGGUAGCUACUAUAACUGUAGACAAGAUUGGGAGAAAGACUUUGCUACUCUGUUCCUGUUCAGGAAUUGCAAUAGCACUAACAGUUCUGGGAAUAUACUGCGAUCCCCACCUACGCUUACAAUCUUGGUACAUCCACCGUCUGUGGCCUGGAAAAAAGUACAACUACAAGGACAAAAAUAUCAGAGAAAGACUGGAAAUACAAGAUAACAAUACUUUAUAUAACAAUACAGUUUUAUAUGUUAACGAUAGUGGUAAGCCCUGGUUCAGAGUAAGCGUCGAAGAACAUAAUAGUACAGUAGAAGUUGACUGGUCUGUGAAAUUCGAGGACAGUAAGGAGAAAGAGGAGUUGACCAUCUGGCUGCCGGUGUUAAUAUUAUCGGUGGUACUUUUUUUAUAUAAUAUUGGAUUGGGAUCUGUACCUUAUGUGUUGAUAACGGAGCUUUUUUCCGUAAAUGUUCGCAGUCUUGCUUCUGGAUUCUUAAUUACCUGGAUGUGGCUAAGCAAUUUUCUACUUCUCCGCUACUUUGGCACUAUCGCAGUUUCCCUUGGCCUCCACGCAACUUACUAUAUUUGUGCCUCCAUUACACUUCUGGGCGCCUUGUACAUAUACUUCGUUAUACCGGAAACUAAAGGAAAAUGUCAGACACAAAUUGAUGAAGCUCUGAAAGGACCAUGGUUUAUUUUCAAAGGAAAUAAAAAGAACGAGCGAUGACACUCAAGGGCUGGAGUGUUCACACUCUCGGAAGGAAAUAUUGCAGAAACUUAAAAUUUCAUGGGAUGUCAAUGGAAAUUUAAAUUUCUUUGUUUUUCGUUGGUACAAGCGGUGUGUGCCAUGCUCGAUAAGUAAUGCUAAAAUGUAACGUUAUGUGUAUAAUAAAAUAAUUGGUUCUAUAAAGAAGAAGUUCCCAGAUAAAUUUGUUAAUUAAAGAAGCUAUUUAACCGUUUAGGAUUCAAAAAUAAUUCAUAAAAGAUCAUAAAGAAAUGAAAUUGAUGCAGCUUGGACAUGCCAAAUUGAAUAUUUGUAAGUAGGAGCAACCCAUGGACUGAUGAAACUAUGAAAUCUCAGUUCAAAUUUAACUUUGACCUUAUGGGCAAUUAAUAUAAUUAGUUUGUACAAAUA